CCUGCCCGGUCCCUUCCAUCUCCGGCACACACACACACACACACACGCACGCACACACACACCCCAUUGAUCAAUAUUUGGCUGUCUUGCUGCAACUUGCUGCAGUCUUUUAAAGGAGUAGUAGAGAGAGAGGGAGAGAGAAAGGGAAACUGGCAGGAAGGGGUAAGGAGCUACACAUGUCACAUGUGCUUUCUAAGACGGCCAGGAGCAUCUGCAGGCUGGAUCUGGUGGAGGAUGCUGCGGCAGGUGAUACACAGAGGGCUCCAGUCGUUUUUCUACAAGCUGGGCUUAUUCGUGAGCAGGCAUCCGGUGUUUUUCCUCACUGUGCCCGCAGUCCUGACCAUCAUCUUCGGCUUCAGCCUGCUCAACCGCUUCCAGCCUGACACUGACCUGGAGAGCCUGGUAGCCCCCAGCCACAGCCUGGCCAAGAUCGAGAGGAGCUUAGCCAGCAGCCUUUUCUCCCUCGAUCAAUCCAAAAGCCAGCUGUAUUCGGACUUGCACACCCCGGGGAGGUAUGGCAGGGUGAUUCUCCUCUCCAAACCCGGAGGCAAUAUUUUGCAUCAGGCUGAUGUGAUCCUGCAGAUCCACCGAGCCGUGCUGGAAAUGAAGGUGAACUACAAAGGCUAUAAUUAUACUUUUUCCCAUCUGUGUGUGUUGAGAAAUCAGGAUAAGAAAUGCGUGCUGGAUGAUAUUAUUUCAGUGCUAAAGGAUCUGAGGCAGGCUGCCCUCUCCAAUAAGACAACAGCCAGUGUGCAAGUGAGCUAUCCCAACACUAAAUUAAAGGAUGGAAGGAGCAGUUUCAUUGGCCACCAGCUUGGAGGGGUAAUGGAAGUGCCAAACAGCAAGGACCAGAGAGUCAAAUCAGCCAGAGCCAUCCAAAUCACUUACUACCUCCAAACGUAUGGCUCUGUCACCCAGGACCUCAUUGGGGAGAAGUGGGAGAGCGAAUUCUGUAAACUGAUGCACAAGAUGCAGCUGGAUCACCAGGAUCUGCAGCUCUACUCUCUAGCAUCCUUUAGCCUCUGGAAGGACUUCCAUCAGACCAGUCUCUUGGCCAGGGGCAAGAUUUUGGUGAGCCUGAUGCUGAUUCUCCUGACUGCAACCCUCUCGAGCUCCAUGAAGGACUGCCUGCGUAGCAAACCUUUCCUGGGACUCCUGGGAGUGCUCACUAUCUGUAUUUCCAGUGUCACUGCGGCAGGGAUAUUUUUCAUUACUGAUGGAAAAUAUAAUUCUACUCUGUUGGGAAUCCCUUUCUUCGCUAUGGGUCAUGGAACCAAAGGAGUGUUUGAACUUCUUUCAGGAUGGCGUCGGACCAGGGAGAAUCUGCCCUUCAAGGACCGAGUAGCAGACGCCUACUCAGAUGUCAUGGUCUCCUACACCAUGACCAGCUCCUUGUACUUCAUAGCCUUCGGCAUGGGGGCAAGUCCCUUCACCAACAUCGAAGCCGUAAAAGUCUUCUGCCAGAACAUGUGUGUCUCCAUCCUGUUGAACUACUUCUACAUCUUCUCUUUCUUUGGCUCCUGCCUGGUCUUUGCUGGCCAGCUGGAGCAGAACCGGUACCACAGCAUCUUCUGCUGUAAAAUCCCCUCGGCAGAAUACCUGGACCGGAAACCUGUGUGGUUCCAGACCAUGAUGAACGACGGCCAUCAGCACACUUCCCACCAUGAGACCAACCCGUACCAGCACCACUUUAUCCAGCAUUUUCUCCGAGAGCACUACAACGAGUGGAUUACCAACAUCUACGUCAAGCCAUUUGUGGUGAUACUGUAUCUCAUCUAUGCCUCUUUCUCCUUUAUGGGGUGCUUACAGAUUAAUGAUGGAGCCAACAUCAUCAACCUUCUUGCCAGUGAGUCCCCGAGCGUCUCCUAUGCCCUCAUACAGCAAAAGUAUUUCAGCAACUACAGCCCCGUGAUCGGCUUCUACAUCUAUGAACCUCUGGAGUACUGGAAUGGUACUGUGCAAGAAGAUCUAAAAACACUCAGCCAGGGGUUCAACACCGUGUCCUGGAUUGAGCAGUACUACCAAUACCUUCGAGUUGGUAACAUCAGUGCAACCAACAAAAGUGACUUUAUCAGCAUCCUCCAGAGCUCCUUUUUAAAAAAGCCAGAAUUCCAGCACUUCAAAAAUGACAUCAUUUUCUCCAAAGCUGGAGAUGAGAACAAUAUAAUUGCUUCUCGUCUGUACCUUGUGGCCAGGACUAGUGAAAAUACACAGAGGGAAGCGGUGGAACUGCUGGAGAAGCUGAGGCCCCUUUCUCUUAUACAGAGCAUCAAGUUCAUUGUGUUCAACCCUACUUUUGUUUUCAUGGACCACUAUGGUUUAUCAGUAACUAUGCCUGUCCUGAUUUCUGGUUUUGGCAUCCUGCUGGUGUUAAUACUGACCUUUUUCCUGGUUAUCCACCCUCUGGGAAAUUUCUGGUUAAUCCUCAGUGUCACCUCAAUAGAGCUGGGUGUCCUUGGCUUGAUGACCUUAUGGAAUGUAGACAUGGAUUGCAUUUCUAUACUGUGCCUUAUCUACACUUUGAAUUUUGCCAUAGAUCACUGUGCACCCCUGCUUUAUACAUUUGUAUUAGCUACUGAGCACACCCGAACUCAGUGUAUAAAGAACUCCCUCCAAGAGCAUGGGACAGCCAUUUUGCAGAACGUUUCUUCCUUUCUUAUCGGGUUGGUCCCCCUCCUCUUUGUGCCUUCAAACUUGACCUUCACACUGUUCAAAUGCUUGCUGCUUGCCGGCAGUUGCACACUUCUGCACUGUUUUGUUAUUUUGCCCGUCUUUCUAACCUUUUUUCCACCUUCCAAAAAGCACCACAAGAAAAAGAAACGGGCCAAAAGGAAGGAACGAGAAGAGAUCGAAUGCAUAGAGAUUCAGGAGAAUCCUGAUCAUGUUACAGCAGUCUGAAAGGCUUAGAAAAAUAUAAUAGUAUAUUCUCUUUUUAAAAAAGCAUUGCACAGAGAUGCAGGGAAAAUAGAGCAAAGAUCUCAGCUGCUUGUGCUGGCCAGGUCUGACAAGGCAAAGGAAGAUCAAGAAGGGGUAUUCAUGACACCUCAAGGUGCAAACUUUUUUAACAAAAAUAAUGAAAGUGAAAUAAUCUCAAAUGUUUCCUUUGAAUCCUCAUUCUCCACCAGGGAAGAGUCUGUUGGCCAUUAAGUGUUCCUGAGUCUCAAACUAUAGCUCUAAUGGGAAUUGCUUAAUAUGUCAUAUGUAGGACUAAAGCUAAGGUGAAAAAAAGGGUUGCCAUUAGGUAAACACUAGGGGGAAAGGCAGAUUUGUUUGAAAAAAUUGUCCAUGGAAGAGAAUGAAACAAUAUUUCAAAUAAGAAAAGGUUACAAGACCAAGAGAGAAUGAAAAUGCCAUGGUAAUUUUUUAUUUUCUUGAGCAAGUUAGUUAAGAUGAAACCUAUGCACUUGGGAAGUAAAUGUUUAAAACUAUCUAAGCCAAAGUACUUCCCAAAUCCAGUACACCUUGUAUAUCUGUAACACCACAAUUAGAGCAUUAUUGCAAAUAUGGAUGGCAGAAGGAUAGAAGUACUAUUUAUACAGGAGAAGAAACAAUCAUAGCCAUUUGGAAAUCUAACACAUGGUUCUUUUAAAUGUGACAUAUCACUGUUAUCCCAAGAGGUCACAGCUGGUAGUUAAUACCAUACACCUAUUCUGGUAAUUAUGAAUUUCCCCUUGAAUUAACAGAUCUCACAAAACUAACCCGGGCCAUCAUCACUGCAGCACUGUUUGCAGCUCCUGCAGUGCAACACUUCUGAAUCCUAAUUUAUCGGUGUUGACAUUAAAUACUGAAUAUUAAUCAAGCAGGAGCUACAAACGCAAUGAUGGAUUGCAUUUCACAGGCACAAUGUGACCGUGUAGCAGCUGAGUCAGCUCUGGAGCACCUGCACAGUCUUAGCAUCAUAUAUUUGGUCCAAGGGAUGAAGGGAUAUGUUUGCUGGUCCCUGCAAUAUGCUGCAGGAAGUGGGAUUUUCCCCUUCUUUAAGCAAAACAUUAUACAAAAAUAUAUGCCACACACUAAAAAAAAACCCACCUUGUAAAUGUUUGCAUGGGGUCAGAUCAACCCCUAGCUGUAAGAAGACAGACUGGUCCCCUGUGGGAAGGGGAGGGGAGGGUAAAAUGUCUUUUUUACUGUUAUUAUUAUUCCUAAAUAUUUGAGUGUUGAUCAUCUGCAACAUAAAGCUUUGUUAUAGCAGUUAAAAUUUCACAGGAGAGUGCAGUAAAUCCUCAGUUACUAUGUGGCACUAGAAAUUGUACUGUAAAGGACUGUGAAUGACUUUCUCUGCUUUGUAAACUAUUCAGCUUAGUAGCCCAAGGGAAGGGAUGAAAACAGAUCUAGCCAUUUCAGUUUGCUCUUGGCCCAGUUCUGCACUGGAGCUUGCCAUGCCAAUCUCUCCUUUCAGUAUUUUAAAAGGGCUUGCUUUCUACUUUCUGGAAUAUGGUCUAGCAUCUCCUCCAUGAGCAAUGUCUUCCUGAACCUAUAGUAUCCAUGAGGACACUAUGUAAAGCUAUCACUAUAUGAAGUGUCUAUGUCUACUUUGUAUUACUUGUGGCUACCUUUAAAAGAUAAUCUGGAAGCUAUUUGCCUUCCAAAAUGUGUAUACAUGUCUAUUUGUGGCUGAUAACUCAGUCUCAAACCUGCAGAGUUUGCUGACAAGGAAGUGUACAUAUGUCUUACUAAAAAGCUCUCUGCAAGAUGUUAAUUCUUUGCUAUGUGACAAGUCUCACCUCUUCCUACUGUUUUAUGGUUAGGAAGAGACAGAAAAAAAUCACCUGCAGUACAAAAAAAAAAAGCCAUUUGAAUGCCAAUUCUAAUGUUCAUGAGCUGCUUCUGCUUCCAAAGGAAUGCAAUUUCACCUCUUCUCUAUAUUUUCAGUACUUUGUCAUUAUCGUUUGCCAAAAAUGACCUCUGUGUUGUAGGAGUGGUCAAAGCUCUUGAUUGCUGGAGAAAAUUUUUGAGUGCAACAUGUCUUAGAGAGGGAGAAACUUUCUAGACAGGCAAAGCUUCCAAAGAUUGAAUCUAGAUUGAAAAUACAGGGGUAGCUAGAUCAAGGUUACUGGUUUGACCCAAAAUAUUCAAGGGCCAGACACAGAACUGAGAUCUAAAUAGUUCAGUAAGGUUUAGAAGCAGGGGAUGUUUCAGUGUUGGGUUAUGGGUCAGAUGUGUUUCAAGUUGGGAAGUUUUUACUGACUUUGAUUUGCAUCUUGAUGACAUUGUGCAAUAUCCAUCCUAUUUUGAACAAUCCGUUGUGAAUGUCAAGCUUCCCAAUCUUUUUAGAUUUCCUCCACUGCCCACACAAAACCUGGAUUGUUGCAGCACUGUGACCCUUGGUUAUCACUUCUGGAGGUGCUGGAGGUGUCACCUGGGAAGUUCCUGGUCUUCUCUAGCACUGCCCAGAUGUAUCCCAGGGAUGUCUGUCAUGCAUUGUGUUGAGGGAAACAGCACUUUCCAAAGCCAUCAAAACCAGGAUUCAUCUCAUCUACCUUCAGAUAUUAGCAAUGUAGAUAUUUAUAUCUGAACUCCCUUUAUGGCCAUAAGAGAGUGACAGACACUUCUGAUCCAUUUUACAGCUGUAUAUUAGGAGUAAAUGAAUUACAUUUUUUAAAAUUCAGAUUUCUGUCCACCGGUGAUCAAGGAAGUUCAACAACUCGUUCAAAUACAGACAUCAGCAAUGCUGACUCAUCCAGUCUUGGGAAGAUUAACCCCGCUUAAAAUAACAAAAUAUCAAGAGAAAGAGAAAAGAUUAUAAACAUGCCUCCCAAGCUUCAAUUUUAGCCAUAAAUUCCAGGAAUAACUCAGCCCAAAUUUUAUGUUUUGUUUAUGAAGUAUUAUGCACAAUAAAAUUGUUUUAAAAAGUGGAAUUCCCAUAGCAGAGCCAAGACACCAGAAAAUGUCAAUAUUAAAGGUGGGCUCACAUAAAUGAGCAAGAAUUUGAUGAAGUGUCAAACCAAGUCCUCUCAGUGUCAUGCAUGUGCAGUAGCGCUUGUAUAACAGGUACCAAGUAUAUAGAUCACACACUGGGACUAGAAGGUUUUUAUUUCUCUGUCAAUGCAGGAGUGAAGUAGAAAACAAACCACACCUUUCAUGGAUGUAAUUUUGUUAUUUUUUUCAACCAAUUUUCACAUCCUCCAAAAAAGAACCAGUGCAGCCUUUACUUCUGCAAAUAGAUCAGGUUCUGUGGAACAAGGAAAACUGGAGUAAUUUUGGGACGCAGAGUCUGUAUUUUUUAAUUCUUUCUACUUGUUUUUGUUUACUUUUCUUGCUUUUUUUUUCCAGUACACUAUAUCUUUUUCUACAGCAUCUUUUCAGCCUAACUGGAGCUGCAUAGCACCUGUGAAGAAAGCACAUAGCUCAUGCCAAGCAAUUUGACACUCUGAUAACAUGCUGCAUAUUGGAUCUUCAUUACACACCUUUUUCCCCAGUUACCAUAAAUCCCCUGCAAUACUGUGCAUAUUCCUUUAAUGUCUGAUUUUAUAUACGGUCUAGAUAAUCUUCCAAGAACCUUGUGUGCAUCUUCUGCUUGGUUUGGUUUCAUUCCCUCAAAAUAUAUUGCUUUGAAUUUAUUGUUGAGAUAACUCUGUUGAAGUCAACAGAUUUAUUGCCAUGAUAUAUUUGACUUUGCAUGUCUUCUAUCUGCUAAGAAGUGAUACCAUGACAAAUGAGCCUCUUACAUUGUUGGUGUGCUUGUUGAACAAAAUAUCUGUCUAUACUCUAUAGCCAUAGUUGCAUGCUGAACUUGAGGGGCUGCAGUGAAGAUUUGUUUUUUUACACUUUGUUCUGUGGGCUAUUUUAAUCUAAAUCUAAUAAUUUUUUUCCUCUUUUUAAUUAGAGUUAAGUCUUCAUCUUUGUAGUCCAGUACUUGAUGUAGGUUUAAAUUAGAUUUUAGGAAGAAAUUCAUUACUGUGAGGGUAGGGAGGCCCUGGCACAGUUUGCCCAGAGAAGCUGUGGCUGCCCCACUCCUGGCUGUGUCCCAGGCCAAGCUGGACAGGGCUUGGAGCAGUGCAAAGUGUGCUGCCCAUUGCAGGUGGUUGAAACUAGAUGGUCUUUAAGGUCCCUUCCAACUUAAACCAUUCUAUGUUUCAUAGAUUUAUUGCCUAACAAAUCAAAGCACUCUUUAAGGUCGAGGUAAACAUGGAUGCAUGACACCUUGCAUGCAUAAUUUAAAAAUAUUAUCUUCAGGGUUAUCACCCUCAACUUUUUACUUCAAACAAUUCCUAUUUAGAAUGUAACCUGCUACAUGUUAAUGUCUAUUCAAGUUCCUUGAACAACUCUAGUUUUGAAAUUUUCUCUGAUGGGAAGGAAAAGAACCAGGGGGGAAGGAAGAAUGCGCAGUUAAGUGGUUGUGUAAUCAGAGUUCUUUUUUUCCCCAAAGGCUUUCACUGCUCUACUCCUAAUUAAGUCACACUGAGUAGCAACUCUAGCAUAAUUAAGAUUUAUUUCAACAUAGUUAUUCCAUAUUUCACUAUGACAAGAGCUUGGCUUAUUGUCUUUAUGCAAGUACCAUGCUAAGUCUCUGAUUAAUUUUUCAGUAAUUAUAAACUUUAAUAAGUUAUUUUUCAUUGCAACACUAGGUUUUUGAGUACUUCAAGCUCCUAUUUGAUCUCCUAGGAAACAGUGUAAGGAAGCAACGUUAGGCAGUCAGUGAGCAAGAGACGUGUUGUAGUGUUGGGGAAAUUGGAUUCUUCACAAAGAGGCAGGCUUCAAACAAACAGUGAUACUCAGGAUAUCUGAGAAAAUUAAGGUGAAGUGGAAACCAAGUGAAACAUUGCUUGGAAUGUAACCAAAUUAUUAUAAACAGAUAAAGCUUUGAUUCUUCUUUCAUAACUUCUUACGCAGGCAAAAGGCAUUUGAACAGGAAAGGAAACUGGACAUGGAAAGCACCUCAUCCAUCACUUAAAAUGAUUCUUUUCACUGUAAUCUUGCAUAAACAAUCUCACCCACCAGGUUAGUACUGGUUGUUCCACCUCAGCAUGGGCCUCCCCAUGGCCUGUUUUGCAUGGAAAUAAAGGAAGGGAUUCCAUGUUUGCUUUCACAAACCCUUGGGGAGGAGAUUGAGAACUGCUUCCUUGCCUGACAGAACUGUGUGUGGGUGAGAGCUGAGAGAUGCAAGUACAGGUAAUUUCAUGCCCCACUUGUUCUCUCUCUGCCUCCUCAAGAACAGCCAUACCCUCAAACCCUGGUACCAACCCCAAGCUGAGUGCAGGAAUUCAUAACUUCCCCUGGAGUAACUUGGAAUUGGUGACCACAGCAGCUCACAGGCUGACACGAGCUGGUACACCUCUGACUAAGAAGAGUUUAAGGACUUUUUUAAGAGAUGUUCUUUGAGAGAUUCCUCUUGUCACUACAGAGCCCCGUACAGCACCUCACCUGCCCAACACUUGAGUGGUGUAAAUCCUUCUUCUGAUAUGGCAGUCAAGUAAAAGAAUUUUCUAGAAGCUUUUAUUUUUGAUCAUAGAGGCUUUUCCUAAAUGCAAUAUUUUAAUUUUUUUUCCCUCAACCAUUUCUUCAUCUCUUUCUACUUCCUUCAUUGUUUAAAAGCAAAGGUCCCAAUGUGAAAUUCGGACGCUCAUCCUACCCAUCACAAAACAUCAUUAUCCACAAAUUUGAGGUGGGUUAUGGAUGUUCAGGUCAAACACAGGGAUCAGGAUUUCUUGCCCACACUGGCUGUCAAAACCCCGCUGAAAACGAGUAAAUGUGAAGCAGUUCAUCUUUCCUAGCUCUCUUUGUUUCCUCUCUGACAUACCAGUGUGUACACAAAACUAUUCUCACUUUUCUCCUGCUUCCUCAUUAAAACAGAGUUUCUUUUUCCUGCUCCCUGAGGCUAUCUUCUUUUUGCAGCUCAACUUAUUUCACACUUUAUUCUUCUCUGGGUGCUCUCAACCUCUUCAAAAUUUCCCUAUUUAUUUUUGGAAAUUCUGAGAGCAUAACUCUGUUGAAAUAAAAAGAUGUUUCUAUGCUUCAAAGUGCAGCCUGUGGUACAGACCUAACUAAUUUAUAACAAAGCCCAAAUACCAAAAUACUUUCUUCAGACAGAAAAGUGUCUGUAAGAAAUCUCGGGAAAAAAUUAAGCCUAAAUUUCCAUUUUUAUGAGGUUUUUAUCUCAUAAACAUCUACUUUUGAUUACUUUACUGUAGGCAUUUAUUUUUCAGCACACUUUUAUCCUAGAAAUGCCUAGAUUUUCUCUGCUUUUCUGUCUCAGCAAGAAAAAUAAGUGGACAUUUCUUCAUGACCUCUAAAAGAAAUUAUUGCCCCUGCAUGGAACAAUUUUUUUCAUCAAAUUUCUGUCCAGAGCAUAUUUUCCAGCACAUUAAUUGUACAAAUCACUGGAAACAAGUAUUCUAGUGGAAAUGCUGAUACAGCCUUAACUACAGAAAAAUGACUGGUACUUCAAUAGCGUCCUGCUUAAUUCCAACCCCUCGGCAUCAGCCUGCUGGAUACUCCAGGCAGUAUUCCUUGCACGGAUUGAUAAUCAUCUCCUUCACCAUGUGGGCAACACCAGCUCAUCAGAGUAUACCCUGCUUACACAGCAAAAUCCUAAACAGAUAAGCUUAACUUUUGCUAGAGAAGGGAAAUAUCCCAGGGUGAGGCAGAGUGGCAGCCCUCUGCUCUGAGAGUGCUUCUCACUUUCCCAUCCGUGUGUUGGAUUUUGCACUGAGCUGCUCUGUAAAGGACAAGAAAUAUCACUUUUCUUUCCAUAAGCCAUUUGAGAAUAGGAUGUGAAAUAUUUAAGAUUUAGUCAUGGAUAGACAUUUUUUACAUGGGAAUUUGAAAAGGGAUGUCAAUCAAAUAGAGUAAAAGUCCCCAUGAAUAGAGAAAUAAUCUGAGUCCACAAAUUCUUGCUAUUCUGACUUGAUAUUUCUCUGAUCUUAUUUUCUUUCAUCAAUAAGGACUGAACUUUUUUCCCACUUACCACAUUGAAGAUAAUCCCUGACCUACAAAAACAUCCUGUUUGCCAGAAGCAGACAUUCUCUUGGAGGAAAUCCCAUUGGUUUCAGCUCCAUGUCAAGGGAGAUUUUGCAGGAUUUGGACAGCAGUGGUUAGUAUGUACCUCCCCAGGCAUAAGCCCUCAUUCCCAACAUGCAGACCCAAAUACUAAAUAUGUAGGAUUAGUAGGAUGUGUGAUUUUGCCUCUACAGAGAAAGAAGGGGUCAUUGCAAAAUCCAGUUCUGAAUUCACCAUAGGUGGAAAAGCAAAGAGUGGUCAAGGAGUCAGCCUUGCUAUUACUGUACCUGUGUGAGAAUUUCAGAGAGCUCAUCCAACUGUGAAAGCUUAAACAAGGACAGUAUCACACCCUGAACAAGAAUUUGUUCUUCACUCACUACCUCAGAGAGCCCCCCUACUCCUGAACAGCAUCAUGGAGCCUGUCCGAAGUCCUAGGUAUGACAAAGUUAAGUACAGAACUUAAGAUGCAACUUCUUAACACCAGGUUUGGAAUUUGGAAUAACAGGUAUUGGAAUUUAAUCUUCAAUGCCAUUAAAUAUCUAGAGAAGUUCCUAGCACAGCUUUGCUCCAGAAAAUCAGCUCUCUCCCCAGCAACCCUGGCACAGUCUGGGUGCUGGCAUGGUCCAGGGACAAUUCCCACCAGAAAAUGUAGUUACAGUCACCCCAUUUUUAGACUACAGGAUUGUUUUACAGUGUGGACACUGACAGACCACAUCAGCCUCCUUCAGGGCUGCAGAGAAAUCCUGACAUUGCUUGAUUAAUUCUCAAAGUUAUAACUUUAGACAGCAAUGCAGCCUAUGUUCAUAGUGAUAUUUUACAUCUGAAGAUCUUCAUCUGGCAAAAUACUCAAGUAAAUUAUUUCAUUUAAUCAAAUUCUAAAAUCUCAUGGACUGGAGCAUCUUUAAAUUUAAGCAUGUGUUUAAAUACUGAGCUAAAUAAAGAUGCACUUAUCUCUGUGCUUCAAGUUAAAUAGAAGUUUUGCAGAAAUAGAAGCCUUAAGAGAAAAGGCCUUUUUUCCCAUAACAUACUAAAUUCUACAAUUAUAGUAGCAAUUUCACAAUAUGUAGAAAAACUGUGCCAAGCACAUAUAUUUUUCAGGGUUUCAAUUUCCCUGAUGUAAGACAUCUCAGGGACAUUUUAGUGAUUUGUUACAGUCAUACAACACUCAGGCAAGAACAAAGCCUUGCUGAGCACUUUUUCUGGAAAAAAAAUAGCAAGAUAUUUGACUCAGAAUGAGAAUACAGUAUCUUGUGAUGUUAAAACUCAUUUCUAAAAGAAAAAAAUGAAACUUUUCAUUUAAUUUAAUUCAUUAUUUCUUUCAAGUGACUCACUAGAGAAGUGCUGGAUAUGUCUUUAUUAUGAAUAAGACAGGAAUUGCUCAAUGAAGUUAAAUUCAGCUUUGCCAAUAAAACUAUAAUAACACCCCACAUUAAAAAAAAAAAUUAAAAGGCUUUGCGUCUAGUGUAAAAUUUUUCAUGGCAUCAUCUAUUGCUCUUUAAUUAAAUUAAAUAUGAAUGUUGUCAUAAAUAGGACAGAAGUGGAGAACCACAUGUCCUGGGGCUGCAUCUAGGAAAGAACACAUAUAGACUGAGAAGAGAAAUCCAGUCCCCACUUGUGCAAAAACAAAUGCAACUGCCAAGCCAUAAACAUGGUGAAUAAUCCAAUUGGCUUCUAGUGGAGCCCUCAGGAUGCAUAUGAAGAUAUGCACAUAAAUCUUUGUCAGUCUGAGGACUGGGGUAAUCUGAUAUUCUAAUCUGAAAAGGAAACAGAACUUCUCAAGCCUGACAUUUCCUCAAACCCUUAGAAAGGUUCAGUGUAAGUAAUCUCUGUCUCUUCCAAAAGCAAAGCUUUUUGAAAAACUUUUCCUGAAAACACAAACUCAGUAGGUACAUAAGCAUUUAGGAGUGUAAUGAAAACCAUGGAGUAACUCCUCCCCUGGGAUGCCUGGAGACAAUUCUUUUUGGAAGCAUGGAUGGAAAGGAAUGUGCAAAAAUCAGAUAUUAGAGGUGUCCCCUCCCAGGCUACAGUCAAAGGAGAGAAACAUGCACUGCAAUUCCUCGAGCUCAGACGGAUCCUUUAGGAUGAGAGUCCUUGCAUGAGUCUGGCAGCAGCUGCGAGGGCUGGGGAAUAGUCUGGGAUAAGCAGUUCAUAAACCUGAGGGCACCAGCAUAAAAUGGGGUCUGUUGGUUGUAACUGCAAUGAAAACACUGAGAAGUGGCUCGGGGGUGAUGGGCAAUGGCCAGUUUGCCUGUUCUCUUUGGCUGGUGGGGAUUAGGGCAGUCCCAUUAGGGCUCCACGAGGGCAGCUCAGUGACUGGAGCAGUGCAAACAAGGCAGAUGUGAGCAGCCAAGAGUUACUAAAACAGGGGCUGAAUUAAGCAGGUUCUGUAAGGAAAAUACAGGUAAUUCUUUCCAUUCUUUAUUUUCAUUUGCCCCUUCUUUCAACACAAUGCUUUUUUUUUUUUUUAGCAUAUUAUGGUCAGAUAUUCUACCUCCCUUUAAGUUGCAGAAUUUGCUUCACUCUUCUUUUUUUUUUUGUAUGAAUGUAGAUUAGAUGUUUAAUUACUGAGAUUUCUCAGGUGUAGGCAACUUUACUAUGCUAUGGAUAAAUAGCAUAAGUCAAUAUUGAUUUUCCUCCCUUGUAAAGCUCCCUUGUUGCCGAAAACUGUUAACAUUUCUCAAGAUUCAACCAUGACCAUAUUUGUGUAAAAGCCUUUUACUGAGCUUGAAACUCUAUACCAAAUACUUAUGUCUUUUAAAUCUGAAAUCUUCAAUAAAAUAUCUUACUCGUAAA